GCAAAAUAUUGCAAUCAAUAAAGAAUUUAAUGGUGCGAGUAUAAUAUACAAUUUGUUCAGGUAAUUUUAAAACAAAGAAAUCGGUCGAUAAUUUCCUUUCUCCUCUUUAUUGCCUUUUUUGAAAAUUUGGGAUAACCUUCACAACUUUCUUUUUACAAGGGACAAUACCAUUCAGCAAAGAUAUCUUAAAAAUAUGAGUUAAAGGGGAAAAUAUUUCAUGAAUGACUUUUUUUAAGAAUAAAAUUUGAAAUGUCGUCAUAUCCUGCGCUCUUUUUUGGGAUCCAUAUUCGACACAAUAUCAAUUACUUCUGUUUCAUGGAUAGGAAGAAAGAAUACAAAAUACAGAAUACAGACGAAAUUUACUGGGUAUAUCCCCGAGAGUCAAAUGUGUUUGAUUCAUAUAUAAAGCUUACUGCUGAAAGAAUUUAACCACGGCCCUAAAUCAACCAGUCCACCUUACAUUCAUGAGUUACGAAGAAAGAAAAACCCUUUAAUUUACAAUGGAUAUGAAUAAUUUCGUUGUCUAUGGUAAUAAUAUUUGUCAUCCAUUAAUAUACCCGCAAAAAUACGCCAGAAGGUAUCCGGUCACGUUUCCAACAAUUUUUCUUUGCAAAACGGUGGUGUAUAAGACGAUAAGCCGUUCUAAGUCUGAUGAUAAUCGAUACUGGCCUUGUAUAUGAAGAAAGACUCCUCUGGUAAUGAUUAUGUGGCCGGCACAUAUUUUAUAUGUUUCAUGGUCAAGUCAUCUCCAUUUUGUUUAGUGACCUAUGGUGUCAGUUUUUUUUUCUUCAAACUUGAUUUAUACGGAAAUUUGCGACAAAAGCAGGCCUGGUGCUCUAAGUUAUCAUGUAAAUGGGUUAACAUUGACGCCUCUGUCUGCAUGGAAAAGCACGGACGCCUGUGAGAAGUGUUUUGGAAUGCACCACAACAUUUUUCAUUUACUGAAAUAUGGAAAUGGAACAAGAGAACCAUGACUAGAGAACGACCUCAUAACAAUGGCAAUGCCAUGGAAGAGGAGAGUGACUUAUCUGCGUCACCCUCCACAAUAUACUGGUUCAAAUCUUUGAUCAUCUUGAUAAUACUCAUCGGGUAUCUCUUUGCAGGGGCUGCAGUCUUCAACGCCCUGGAGAAACCAUCAUCUCGCCGAGCCGCAAAGCGAUUUGAAAACUUCCUUCUCAAAUUAGCAAAUGAGAACGACUGCGUCGACGAUGACACUGUCAAUGACUUAAUGGACAUAGUGACUCGAUCCAUCUCAGAAGGUUCAUAUGAUAAGAGUCAUCCGUAUGCAGCAACAUUGGAUCUGAAAAACGAUUCGUAUUUAGAGGAUCAAUGGUCACUUUACAACAGUUUUACUUUUUCGUUCACAGUUGUGACCACAAUAGGUUAUGGGAACCUUGCACCUCGGACCAUGCUUGGUGAGAUCUUCUGCGUCCUUUAUGCCGUCUUCGGGAUACCAGUGAUGGCUGCCCUUCUCUUUACAGUAGGCGAAAUCCUCCAAUUUCUUUCUUCCCGCCUUUUUCAAGUCAUCAAGAAAUUCUUUAGUUGUCUCAUCCCAUCCAACCCGCGAGUCCAGAAACUUUUCCUGAUCGUCAAGAGCCUCGUUGUCGCCUACGUCAUGAUAGGCUCGCUUCCGAGUGCCAUAAUGUACUCACAGGGAUUGUCGUUUAUCGCCGGCCAUUAUUUCUCCGUUAUCUCAUUGUCAACUAUUGGUCUUGGUGAUCUAGUUCCAGAGGAGGAUAGAGGGAUGCAUGCUCCAUUAAAAAUGUUUAUCGGGUGCCUGUUGUAUAUGUAUGUCAUCAUCUGUCUCGGUAUGAUCUCAAUGGUAUUAAACACUCUAAUAAGAAAGCAGGCUAGCGUCGCCUCUAACAUCUCAAGUACAGUAGAGCACUCAACCUUUUGGAUGCGCCUACAACAUCAGUUCCAAAGAAAUGACGAGAUCGAUGAACAUGGUGGCGAGGAGAUCAAUGAACACGGUGGCGAGGAGAUCAAUGAACACAGUGGUGAAGAGAUCAAUGAACACAGUGGAUCGAUGGGGCGCAGGUCAGUGUCGGAUCUGUGGUCGAGGAUCAGACGGAGUGUAGAUUAUAAUGAAGACACUAGUGAAGCACUACGUCGAAUAAGCAGGCGGUUUGAAGGAGGCAGGAUGCAACCGGACAGAGAAGAGAAUAAAGACAAUAAAACAAUUCCAUAAAUGUCUGUGAGCGAAUGAAAGCAUUAUCGUGUAUGUGGGAUUCCGUGACGGAUCCAGGGGAAGGGGCCCGGUGGCACGUACCCCUAUCACAAACCCAAAUAAAUUGUGUUCAUGUGGUCCCGUAACAAAAUCGGGAAAAAGAGUUUUUGGCUUGUUUGAGAUAUUUCAGACACGAAGUUUGGUACCCCUCUAAGAGAAUAUGUCAUUCGCAUCUAGACAUCGAUUCAUGGGGAGCUAAACAAUUAAUAGCUAACAUAAAUGUCAUUACUUUGGUUGUCAUGGAAAACUUUAUUAAAUGUAUACUUGGACAUUCAA